AUGUGGAAGCAAGCUCUUCUCGCUGCCAGCGUAGCAGGUGCUACCACCGAGCCUAUUCGUAUUCCCUCCGCCCCAAACGUCGAUUCAGUUCCUGGCCAGUCUUUCAUCAGCUACUCUAUUGAGUUGUCAUCUUUUCCCGAUUUUGCUGGUACCCUUCCUCCUCAUUCCGCCCUCAGCUCCCAACCCUCGCUUACUCUUGUCCCAGGCAACAAAUCCAACCCCAACACCUUCACCGACAACCUCCUCACCAACAUUGGCAACAUUGCUGGCAGCAAGCCGUAUAUCCGAGUCGGCGGCAACACACAGGACUUCGCGCUAUACAAUGCCUCGCUUCGCACGCAAAUCAACGGCACCUACGACCCGCAGCGCUCCAACGACUACCCAACCACCAUCUAUUUAGGCCCCUCGUUUUUCGAAUCCUACCAGACCCUACCGGGCGUGCGCUUCUCUCACGGCUUCAACCUCGGUAAAGGCGCCGUCUCGGCCGAAGGCUGGCAGGCGCUCGUCGACACGGCGCCGCUCGCGUGCAAAGCAUUCGGCCGCGACCGGUUCUACGGCUACGAGUACGGCAACGAGCCCAACAACUUCAACCUCGGCGGGAAAUACAGGCCGCGCAACACAAGCUGGGAUGCCGAGGAUUAUGUGAGGGAGUGGCGGAACGGCACGGCCGAGAUUCGCAGGCAGAUGCGGAAGCACUGUCCGGAGCUGGAGGACAAGUAUCUGACAUUCAUGGCGCCGUCGUAUGACGAUAGAGCGUCGUCGCUCCCGGCUGUCGAAGUCUGGAAACUGGGCCUGGACGAGAACAAUGACAUCAACACCUACUCGGUGCAUAACUACAUUGACGGUGCGGCCUCGCCGGGCGUGACUUUGCAGCACACGCUCAUGAACCACACCCGCACCACCCGCGACGUCGACGAGCAGGUUCGGCGGUACAAGAAUAUCGUGGCCGCGGGCAAGGGCACGGCACCCCUCAUCUUUGGCGAGACCAACUCGCUGUACAAUCAGGGCAAACCGGGCCUGUCCAACUCGUUUGGUGCAGCGCUCUGGGGUCUCGACUUUAACCUGUACUCUGCGGCUGCCGGCUACCAGCGCGUGCACAUGCACCAAGGCACCAACUACCGUUACCAAAGCUGGCAGCCGGUUGACACACACAAAGCUCCCAAGGGCACCAAGGCGCCCUACUACGGCAAUAUCGCCGCCGCCAGCGCCCUGAGCAACCUCCUCAGCGGCAAUGUGAGCGUGACUUCACUGCCCCUCGUGUCCGACGCCGAGGCCGCGUACGCCAUUUACGAGGGCGGCCGCCUGCGCCGCGUCCUGGCCAUCAACAUGCGUGGCUACAACACAACCAAGGACGGUGCCGGCGUCAACCCACUGCCCGCGCCCAAGCCGCGCCCAAGCCGACCUUUUUUCUUUGCUGUCGGCCACGUGGACAGACUGGCUACAGUGCAGCGGCUAAUGGCCAACGGCAGCGAUGCCAUCACAGGCAUCACGUACGACGGCUGGAGCUACAACUAUGAGUUGGAUAACGGAAAGCCGGUGAGGCUCCGCAACGUGACGACGGGGGAGACGCUGAAGGUGAGCGGAGGGGUGGUGACGGUGCAUGUGCCAGAUUCGUCGGCGGCGCUGCUGCAUAUCGGAGACUAG